GAGAGAGAAAGAGAGAGAGGGAGGGAGAGAGAGAGAGAGAGAUUCAGCUUUUCCCUUUAAUUAGAGGUUUAGAAGAGGAGACGCUGCAGCGCACAUUCACUGAGGAUAUUUGGGACCAUGCGAGGUGCACGCUGACCGCAGGAAAUAUGUUGACGCUGCCGUUCGAUGAACCCCAUAUGAUGUGUGAGCCGCGGUUUGGUGCCGAUUAUCCCCGUGACAGUUUACCUGAGAGCCUGGAGCACGAGAGACAGCGCAACGCAGACAGGCCAGUGAUGCGGGAGGCCGAGGACGAUAUCUCCGACAGAGAGGAGGACGAAAGAGACGACGACCAGGACGAGGAAGGGCUUCCUAAAAAGCGGGGGCCCCGGAAAAAGAAGUCCGGCAAGGAGCAGGAUAGGUCCAAACUACGGCGCAUGGAAGCCAACGCCCGCGAACGCAGCAGGAUGCACGGCUUAAACGCCGCGCUGGAGAGCCUGCGCAAAGUUGUCCCGUGUUACUCCAAAACUCAAAAACUGUCCAAGAUUGAGACUCUCAGACUGGCUAAAAACUACAUCUGGGCCCUGUCAGAGACUCUGAGCGCGGGGAAGAGACCGGACCUCCUCGCCUUCGUACAGACUUUGUGCAAAGGAUUAUCACAGCCCACCACCAACUUGGUGGCGGGUUGUUUGCAGCUGAACGCCAGGAAUUUCCUCACUGACCAAAACGGGGAGGUCAUGUUCCCUGGCAGAUCGCCCUACGAUGCCAUGUACUCGUACCCCGGCACAGACAUGAACACGCCCCCCGGCCACAGCAGCAGCACCUUGGACAGCGGCGCCAAAACGUUCCGGCACUACAGCUACAGCGGCGCCUACGAGCCAUACUUCGAGAACCCCUCCCCGGAGAGCGGGAGCCCGCACUUCGACGGCCAGCUGAGUCCCCCGAUGAAUUUCAACGGGAUUUUCUCCCUAAAACACGAGGAACCGCCUGACUACGGCAAAGGCAGCCACUAUGGCGUGCGCUACUGCGGUGCGCCAGGGCGCACGGCUCUUGCGCACAACUCCAUGUACCGAGUCUCCCCAGAGGCCCGUUUCCCGUACGAUCUGCACGUCCGCAGCCAGUCCUUCCAAGCACAAGGGGAAGUUAAUGGAUCUUUCCAUAAUUAAUCAAUCAGCUGGACAAAGUUCAAGUUUCAGAAGCGAUGCAAUUUUCUCCCCCCGCAGAAUGGAACCAAACUCCAGACACACAGAUGCACAGCGACAAAAAUGCCUAUUUUAUCAUUUUAAAUGCAGUAUUAUUUUUUCCUUUGAAACAAAGCAAAAGCCUGUAAAUUAUAUAUGUUGAUUUCCUUUGUUCUUUAUUCUGAAUUUGUGUCUGAUUUGAGGUAAAAAGCAGGAAAACGAAGACAUUUGCAUCACAAUCCAUGUCACAGAAAAUCUUAUUAAACAUCUCGUGUGUAAAACAAUUCAUGGUAUAUAUAUCAUGACAAUGGAGGUUAUAAUUGUAUAUUACUAAAUUAAUUCCCGUUGCAAAAUAAUAAUAAUAAUGAUGAUGUUAAUAAAAACAACGGUGGAGUGUUCACUUCACCUCUGAAGUUUUCUGACCCAUAAUUGGACUUCAGCGAUUCAGUCUGUUGGCAAUAAAGGUCAACUGAGCUAUGCAAGGCAGCCAAAUGAAAUCUUUGCUUAUAUAAAUAAAAAAAGAAAAAUGAAAUAUGUCUAUUUCCUCAAGGCGUUUCUCAUAAUCGAAUAUCUAAUUAAAACGGUGGCAAUCACACGAAAUUAAUUAUGAGAAAAGAUCCAGUUUGGAGAGACGUGCACGUGUUUAGGAGACCUGGUGAUGAUGAUGUCAUCUGAUGAAUUAAAUACAGGAAGU